AUGCGGAGGAUUCAUAUUCGGGUACUGCUGAGUUGGAGCCCCAACACUCCAUUGAAGAAGCAGAGAAGCGAGUGUUUCGAUUUCGAAUCUAAACUUGAAGCUCUGCCUCAGGAGACUCUGAUUAAGAUUCUAUGCGGAGUUGAUAAUGAGGAUCUUAAACAGCUUUUCCAUGUAUCUAAGGCAAUUAGAGAAGCGACUCUUAUUGCGAAACAGUGGCAUUUUGCUUACAGCACACCUAGAAAUAUUCGAACAAAUGAUGAUUUGGAUGAGAUUGAAGCUCCCAAUGCUCCGAGCCGGAAAGAGCUUGAAGAGAGAUAUCGGUUGACUUAUUUGGAGGAAGGAAUGAGAAAAGGCUUUCAUGGAUGA